CACUCUCACUCUCACUUCCACACUCCUACUCCUCCCCGCCCCCGUCGCCUUCCGCCGCCGUCUUUUGCGCUAACGCUUCGCCUUUCGAUCCCCUUUCUGACUUCUUAUAGCAUCAUCCCAAGUCCUCGCCCGGACUCCGCAGAUUCUCUGGUUGCUACGAGUUCUUCGCCUGGUUUUUGGGCAAGGCCAAAAUUUCUGAUUUUUUUCCACCGCCGCAAACCCCUUUGCUGUGCCAUACCGCCAUUCCAUUCCUAAGCUGGGCGUGGGCGGGUGAAGAAAGGAAGCGAGGCCGGCUGUUUCGCUGAAACCCCGCCGCCUUUUUUUCCUUUUCUUUUCUGGACCUGAUUGAAGAACCGUAGCAGAUUAGGGGAGGGAGGAGCGGCGGCGGCCGGUCGGUCGGUCAGUAUGAUUCACCUGCUGUUCCUCGUGCUGUUCGCGGAGGGCGCGGUAGCGCUGCUCCUCAUGGUGAAGGUCGGGCCGCUGCGGGAGCUGGCGAUGCGCGUCGUGGACCAGGUGAAGACGGGCAAGGGCCCGGCAACCGUCAAGACGCUGGCAUGCACGCUCUCGGUCAUCCUCAUGUCCAACGUCGCCAGCAUCCUCAAGAUCCAGAAUCGUGGGCUCAAGCUCGGCACCGUCAGCCCCAUGGACCAGGUGCUCUGGAGAACGCACCUCCUCGAGGCAUCCCUCAUCGGAUACACGCUAUUCCUUGCAUUUGUAAUCGACCGGCUGCACCACUACCUCCAGAAGCUGAUGACGUUGAGGAAAACAUCCAGCACGUCCAGGGAGGAGGUCGAGAAACUUCAGAUGGAGAACCGGUCGCUCCGCGAAAAGGAGGAGAAAUCCUCCGGUGAAACGAAGAGGCUUCAGCGAGAGGUUGUGAGGCUGAACGAGAGCAUGAAGAAGCUGAAGUCCGAGGCCAAGGAGCAUGAGCGGAAGGCAUCGGUAGCGGAGGCCCAUGUCAAUGCGCUGCAGAAGCAGUCGGAGGAGCUGCUCCUGGAGUACGACCGGUUGCUGGAAGACAACCAGAUCCUGCAGACGCAGCUUCUUAGCAGAGGCUAAGCUAUGAGCUGGUACAUGCUGCAGCUUCAGUUGUUUGUUAGCAAGGUUCUUACCAGAUGGUUCUGAGUGAUGACAUGCAGAGCGGUUCUUGGCGUUCCUGACUUAAUUAUGAUCUUGUUGAUGUCUGGAUGCAGCGUGUACUUUAGACUUUCAUGUUUCUUCCUUUCUGGAUGGAUGUAGGUAGGUACAUGAUGUAAGAGCCAAUGGAUGGAUUGUAGGUACAUGAUGUAAGAGCCAAUGAAUUGUGAUUUAAUUAUAGAAGGUCAGACUAGUGCAGUGGCGAGAGCUGUGUCGUUAGAUCAGGCCUAGUGCAGUUGUGAGAGCUGUCAUUGACCAUGCUAUGUCGUCGGUUUGAAGCAGCAUUUUCUUAUAGAUUGCCUCAGUUUAUUCUUC